AUGGCGUUUUAUUCAAAUCAGAUUAAUAGAAAUAAAAUAGAACCGCGUAUAAGUUGUCCUGAAUUUGAAAAUUCAUUGAUUUUAGAAAGCCUACCAAAUCAAAAAUACCGUGCCUCGAAUACCGUAAUUAUUUAUAAUAGCUUCAGAGAUACUAACAAAAAAGCUAGAUGUAGUAAGAAUUCAGAAGCGACUAUCGAAAGAUUUACGGGACAGAGUAACGAACCAAAAAAUAAAGAUCACUUUCAUUCGAAUCAUUCCAAUGGAUCUGAUAUUUUUGUGGGGGACGGAUUGCAUAUACCAAAACUUAGUUUGAAUUUUAGUGAAUCACUUGCAUCCAACGAAAACGAAUGUUUUUCUUAUAGUAAAAUAAAAGAAGUUACAAAGAAUAUAGAGAAACCAAAUGCUUUUGAAGAAUGGUUUAAAGCAAAACAAGCAAAAAAAUUAUACGAAAGUAAACUUAAAAAAGAGUUAGAAUUAAAAAAACAAAUGGAAAAAUUGGAAAGAAAAGGAAUUGCUCAAGAACAAUUUCAAGAAUGGUUGAAGAAAAAGCUCGAAAAAGAAAAGUUUGAAAAGAAAAAGAACGAAGGGAAUAAGGAAAAAAUAAAACUUACAAAAUGUAGCAACAAUCCUACUGAAGAAGAUCGUAAAAAGUGUUUUGAAUUAUGGUUAAAGAAUAAAAUUGAAAAAGAGAGAGUGACACAACAAAAAUAUAAAGAAAAAUUAAUAAAAGAACAAGAGCAAAAGAUAGAAAGGGAACAGCAAGCAAAAAUUUUAUAUGACGAAUGGUCAAAAACAGCACCUUUUAAACCAAGGCCUGUUCCAUUAAAUAAAGGACUUUUAACUUUAAAGGGAACAAUAUCUGAUUUAUUUAUUAAUCCAGAACCAUGGAAAACGUAAAAAUUACCAUAUUGUGUGUAAUUCAAAAAUUUGCAUCAUAAAGACAUAUGCAUAUGUAAACCCAUAUUAUUUUAAAAAUAUACAAUAUAUUAAUCGAUUUGGAACAUAAAAAGCUGUGGUACAAACUCAAAAGUUAUAUGUGAAACUAACUAUUAAAC